AUGCCCCCAAAGAGCCCCUCAACACCCAGAAAGCGCAGGGGCAUGAAGGGCGGGAAGCAGCCCAUCGCAAGCACACCCACAAGCCCGGGAGAGCAAGCCAAGCAGUCGAAGCAGCAGCAGAAGCACCACCAUCGUCAUGUCGUCGCCACAGCUCCAGUCCACUUGCCUCUUCAAAAAGCUGGAAAGCUCAGCUGGACACUUUUGGGCCUGAUAUUCGCUAUACUGCCGUGGGUGUUUGGGAGGCUGCAUUAUGCGCUGCCUGAACCGUUACCUCCGCUCGAUGCUGACGGUAUCCCCCAACCAUCCGAAGAGGUGGUACGCUCCCACAUCCAAGCACUCGAAGAUAUCGGCUAUCGAAUCGUCGGUACACCUGCAGCUCUUGCAGGGGAGCAGUACGUGCUGGACCAAGUUUUGGAGCUCGUCGAGCAGUGUAACGCGAGGAAUGUGCUUAAUUGUGAAUGGUGGCAUCAGAAAGGCGACGGUCUUCAUGCGUUCGAGAUCCUCGAUCACGAAGUCUUGAAAUCCUACACCGGCAUUUCCAACAUCAUCCUCAAAAUCUCUGCAUUCCAUCCACCUUCCUAUGACAUCCACAACCCCAAACCCGACAAAGACGCCAUCCUCCUCGGUGCUCAUAUCGACUCUACCUUCCCCUCCCCUGGUGCUGCCGACGACGCAAUAGGCGUCGGCGUCAUGCUCGACCUCGCCCGCACCCUCAUCCACCAAAACGACCCAUUCGACAACUCCAUCAUCUUCCUCUUCAACGGCGCCGAAGAAACCCUCCAAGACGGCUCCCACCUCUACUCUAUCGAACACUCCACCCGUACCCAGGUCAAAGCUGUGAUCAACCUCGAAGCGGCAGGAAGCAAGGGCGGGGCGCUGUUGUUCCAGGCGACGAGCGGGGAGAUGAUUGAGGCUUAUGGGAAGGUGCCGUAUCCGAAGGGGACUGUUAUUGCCGCGGAUGUGUUUUCGUCUGGGAUCAUCAUGUCCGAUACAGACUUUGGGCAAUUCGAAAAGUAUCUCGGCGUUUCCGGCCUAGAUAUGGCAAUCGUCGGCCACUCCUACUUUUACCACACCCACCACGACACCCUCUCCUCCAUCCAACCCGGCUCCGCCCAACACUUUACAUCCAACAUCCACGCCGUCGUCUCCCACCUCCUCUCCCCCUCCUCCCCCCUCUCCUCGAACCUCCCAUGGUCCCCACCCGACAAAGUCUAUUUUGGGCUGUUUGACAAGGUGUUUUUGUACUGGGAUAUGAAAGCGGCAGACCGGUGGUACACCGCCCUAGCCGCCGUCUCUGGCGUUUUGGCUGUGAGGAGACUGAAGGGGAAGGGAUGGAAAAUCAUCACCACCGCUUCUCUCGCCACCAUCUCCGGCCUCGCCGGCGGCUUCAUCGGCCCAAACCUCCUAGCUUUCACCCUAACAAAACUUGGUAGACCGCUGCUCUGGUUCACGCACGAACACCUCCCAACCCUCAUCUACAUCCCCACCGCCUUUCUCUCUUCCCUCUCCAUCCACCUCUUCUUCACCCACUUUCUCUCCCCCGUCGAGCGCACAAAGUUGGAGGCGGUGCAUUAUGGAGUACAGAUGUUGUGGUGUUCGUGGAUGAUGUUGGCGCUUCAGGCGGUUAAAGUUCGGUCGGCGUAUUUGUUUGCGGGUAUCACGCUUUUCUUGCUCAUUGGCGCUUUGGGCGAUGGGGCGGUCAGGGUGUGGGGUAAAGAGAGGGAAGGGAUGAACUUUAAGGCGACAUACCUCCUCCCCUCCAUCGGCCUGAUCGCCUUCUUCGUCGAAGCCAUCACCGCCGCACUAGACAUAUUCACUCCCCUCACAGGACGUAUGGGCAAAUCCGCACCCGCCGAACACAUCAUAGCAACCCUCACAGCCGCCUGCGGCCUCGGCCUCUUCCCAACCCUCACCCCACUGUUCCACCGUCUCCCCCGUCAAACCCAGCGUAAAGUGGUGUUGGUGCUCAAGAUCUGGGUGGCGGGUGUGGUCGGGUAUCUGGGGUUGGGCUGGCUUUAUGAUGGGGAGCAUCCGAAGAGGGUUGGGUUGAAUUACAACUACAACCACACCGACCAAUCCCACAUUAUCCACAUAGCAUUGAUGGACCUCGGUCCCACCGGCACCAUCCCCUCCUCCCUCCACGCCCGCUACGCCCUCCCCUCUUCGCCUCUCAUCCACAAAGACCUGGAGGAUGAGGACCAUGAUUGGGAUGCCAUCUAUCCUGUAUCGACGUUUUUGGAUACUUACAAGUUCGAGCUUGACAUCUCUGGACAAGGCUUUGCACAAGGGCUGGAAGGGCAGGGGAAGGAGAAGGAGAAGGAGAAGGGAGGAUGGGGAGGGGUUGAAGGUGUCGAGAACUUCGAAUGGCCGGAGAUGGGGUGGAGUGUCAAAGAGAAGGGAGGGGAUGGGUUUAGGGAUGUGGAGAUUACUUUCAACUUUACCGAUCUGGUCUGGCCAGUCCUCUCAUUCCACGCGCACGUCCUCUCUUGGUCCUUCCCCGAACCCGCCCCGCCCGCCGAGUACAUGCAGCACCACAUCAAAUUCGCCAACUCUGUCGAUUCGCCUUUGACGACGCUAAAGUUGAGGUACAAGGUGGAAGAGCCAGGGCAGGAGAAGCUGGGUGUACAUUGGAGCGCUUUCGACGUCUCGCAGAUGAACCCCUUCACCACACCUCAUCCAGGGGGCGGCAAGCCCGCGACGGUGGUGUUGACGGAUAUGUGGGAUUGGAUAGGCGAGCAGUGGGGUGGGGAUUUGGAUCUCGUGACUGGGGGUGUUGUAUGUGGUGUCGUGCAGAUUUGA